AUUUUAAAAAUUAAAAUGAAGCUCGCUCCAACUGUAAAGUUAAACAAUGGCUACGAAAUGCCUAUAUUGGGCCUGGGGACCUACGAGUCAAUUGACGGGGAUGGGACGGCUGCCAUUAAGCAUGCGAUUGAUAUUGGCUACCGGCAUAUAGAUACCGCAUACUUUUACCAAAACGAGGUCGAAGUGGGCCGAGCUAUACGGGACAGAAUUGCUGAAGGAGUUGUCAAACGCGAGGACAUUUUCCUGGUCACAAAGCUAUGGAACGUACACCAUGAUCCGGGGUACGUUGAGCCUAUUUGUCGCAAGCAGCUGAGAACCUUAGGCCUGGACUAUAUCGAUUUGUACCUAAUGCACAUGCCCGUUGGCUACAAGUAUGUGAACGAGGAGACUCUGCUGCCCAAGGAUGACGAAGGAAAUCUCCAGCUAAGCGACAUCGACUACUUGGACACGUACAAGGCCAUGGAGAAGCUUGUAAAGCAGGGACUGGUGCGCAGCAUCGGCGUGUCCAACUUCAACAGCGAACAGUUGGCGCGUAUUCUGGCCAACUGCGAGAUAAAGCCUGUCACGAAUCAGGUGGAGUGCUCCCCAGGGCUAAACCAGAAGCCUUUGACGGCCUUCUGCAAGCAGCACGGCAUCACCGUCACGGCUUACUCUCCUUUGGGCCGUCCGAAGCCUGACGCUCAGAAGCCGAACUAUAUCUAUUCGCCAGAUGUUGUGGCCAUAGCGAAAAAGUACGGCAAGACUACGCCCCAGAUAGUUCUUCGUUACCUGAUUGAUUUGGGUACCAUACCUAUCCCAAAGUCGUCCAAUAUUAACCGCGUAACUGAGAACUUCGACAUCUUCGAUUUUGAGCUGACUCCCGAGGAGAUCGCUGUGCUCGAUAAAUUCAACUGCGGCGAGCGUUUGGUGCCACUUAAUUUAAUUAAGGCCCAGAAUCAUAAGUACUAUCCUUUUUCCAUUGAGUUUUAAACCAAGUGCCAAACUAAUACAAAUAAACUACAAACGAUUAUAAAAACAUUA